AAUCUCCUCACGUUGUAGUGGACGGUGGAAAACACGUGUGAAACUUUACUCUGUAGAUGUACAGCUGUUUAUGUUCUGUUAUUUAGUGUUUACUAGUUAACGUCACUCGCGUUUAGCUUGGAACUGACAUCUCUGCUAUUCAAACGAAGGAUAAUACUCCAUUUAGCAUUUUGGAAGAAGUCGGGUAUCUGUGAGGAUUUAGAAUAGUUAUUUAGGUACUACACCACGUCUUAAAAAGUCUCCUGCUUACUGACAUGGCUGAGGACAUGCUAAUGCUCAACAUCUCCUCAGAUCCCGUAACGUUUCACAGAAAGACAGACCGAAGUCAUCUGACAUCAGCAGAGAAAUGGGCACAGAAAAAGCUAGAAUCAAAGAGGAAGGCUGUCUUUGAGCCCCAAGAGAGCAGCGCCUCCAAACAGAGGAAGAUUAAUCAAACUGGUCAACAGCACACACACAAGCAAAAGCUGCAAACCCCCAAAAGCCCCUCUCGGAGGAGUAAUAGAUACACAGAGGAGAACGGAGACCAUAGUGAAAUCAUUGCAGCAAAGUCGCCAUCAAAGGUGAAAACAUUUCCAAAGAAAGCUCCCGAAGAGCAUGGAGACCAUGGCAGACCAUUUAUCAAGACAUCGUCUCUCUUCAGAAACAACCCAGAGAUCCCUGAUGUCCUCAGUCCUGCUGUAAAUCUAGUAAAGGAGAAAGUCUUCACCAGCAACACAUUUGAAGAACUAAAUCUACAUCCUCAUCUGGUGGCAACGCUCCAUAAGGUGUUGAAUGUGACCAGUAUGACGAGUGUCCAGAAACAAACCAUACCAGUGCUGAUAUCUGGUAAAGAUGCAGUCGUGCGCUCACAGACUGGAUCAGGAAAAACAUUGGCAUAUGGAAUUCCAGUGGUUCAGUUCUUACAAGCGAUGCAACCUAAAGUGAAGAGAUCAGAUGGGCCUUUAGCUGUUGUGAUUGUUCCAACCAGAGAGCUUGCCCUGCAGAGCUUUCAGAUGUUUCAGAAGCUUCUAAAACCUUUCACCUGGAUCGUGCCAGGAGUUCUGAUGGGAGGAGAAAAAAGGAAAGCAGAAAAAGCCAGACUGAGGAAGGGCAUUAAUGUUCUGAUCUCGACCCCAGGCCGACUGGUGGACCACAUCAAGAACACUCUUAGUAUAGCUUUCAGUGCUGUGCACUGGCUCAUUCUGGAUGAAGCCGACAGGACUCUGGAUUUGGGCUUUGAGAAAGAUCUGACUCUGAUUCUGAAUGCUCUGAACGCCACUGGACUUGCCAGACAGAAUGUGCUGCUUUCAGCCACACUCACCGAGGGACUGUCCCGAUUAGCCAGUAUCAGUAUGAAGGAGCCUGUGAGUAUCCAUGUGUCAGAGGGGAGUGGGGAGACAGUUGAAGCGUGUCCCCAGGCGGCCCCUCAGGCUCUGUCAGACAGUUACGCGGUUCCUGAGAGACUGCAGCAGCAUGUGGUGGUGGUGCCCAGCAAACUCCACCUGGUCUGCUUGGCUGCCUUUAUUCUGACCAAAUGCAAGUUUGAGCAGCGGCAGAAGCUGAUCGUUUUCAUAUCCAGCUGUGAGGCUGUAGAGUUCCUGCUCACUCUCUUCACUGCAGUCCUCUGUGAGAAUCCCAGCACCACAUCAACCAAACGUACCUCAUACCUCAACUUCUACAGGCUCCACGGCAGCAUGAGACAGGAGGAACGCACUGAGAUGUUCCAGGAGUUCUCUCAGUGUAAAACUGGAAUUUUACUGUGUACGGAUGUGGCUGCACGUGGAUUGGAUCUGCCUCAGGUUACGUGGAUUAUACAGUACAACCCUCCCGUUUCCGCUGCGGAGUAUGUUCAUCGCGUGGGCCGGACGGCACGAAUUGGAGCUCAGGGCAGCAGCCUGCUGUUCCUCACCCCCUCUGAGACUGCUUUUGUGGAUGUGCUGGCCAAUCACAACAUCAGUUUGUCAGAGAUGAAGAUGGUGGACAUCUUGGCCACUUUGAUAAAGGAUGAGCGCUUCAAAGGCAGAGGGAAAUGGGACAGUAAGAGAUCAGCCGCUGCUUUUGAGCAGGAGGUGCGAGAGAGAGCCACCGUUUUACAGACUGACUUUGAGAAUUAUGUUCAUGCCAAUAAUGAGUCUCUGCAAACUGCGAAGAGCGCACUGCAGUCUUUCCUAAGAGCAUACACCACAUACCCCUCCAGUCUGAAACACGUCUUCCACAUCCGCAACCUGCACCUGGGCCACGCCGCUAAGAGCUUUGGCCUGAGGGACGCACCCCAGGGGCUGGGCAGCUCCAUAACCACUAAUCCUACCAACAGCAAAGACUCCAAGAAGGGCAAAGACAAAGCAAAGAGGCCUCCCAAGAAACUCACAUCAAAGGAGCGGGUGUCAAACCUAAUGCGCUCAGAAUAUCUCAGUGGGAUAGAGGGAGAAUCCAAGUCUAUGAAGAAGAGGAAAAAGAAGAAAGGUCAAGCAGAGGAAGAGGACUCUGCAUGAAGUGGAAGAUAUAGGAGCGAGAUCCGAGAUGCUCUUUCCGGCCGGAAAGUGCUGAGGUCGGAGCCUUCGUGGCAGGUGGAUUCUCACGGUUGAACUCACAGGUGUUUUUACACUGUGACAUUUUUUACCUGGACCAAAGCACGACUGGUCAGCAGCAGUGUGAAAACCUGCUCCAUGCAAAAGCUUUGAUGCAGAUGGUAAAAUACGCCUAUUGGAGUGAAAUGCAUCUGGAAUGUUUUAUUGCUCAGUGAAUUUUAUUAUAAAAAUGUGGUGCCAUAAAUAUGACUAUUUGAGCAAUGUGAUGUACACCAACUUAAGCUGUUUUAUAAAAAUGUUGUAAAACAGACUGAAUUUUACAUAAAAAUGAGUUGUAUUUGA